AUCUCUAGGGACAACUGGCAUAAACGCCGCAAGACCGGCGGCAAACGCAAGCCCUACCACAAGAAGAGGAAGUAUGAGCUGGGUCGUCCCCCUGCGAACACCAAGGUAAAGAAGACACGCAGACCACGUGUAGUGGUAUUGUGGACAGAAGCUAGUAAAAUGCGAGGGUUGAUUGUUUGUGGUGUGGAUGAUUAGAAAUUGACCAUAGGUAGGUCUGUUUUGACCGUUUUGGUUCAAAGUUUUAGGACCUACCAAUGACCCGGACUGUCAUAGUUACACUGACACACUUAUGCCAAACAAUGGGACACAUGUGGCCACUUUGGUAUCCCAUUUAAUGCAAUGAAUUCACCUUUGGUUUGGUUUCUACUGCUCUUGUCCUAGAUCGGACCUCGCCGUAUUCACACGGUGAGGACCCGUGGUGGCAACAAGAAGUACCGUGCUCUGAGGGUCGACGUGGGAAACUUCUCCUGGGGCUCUGAGUGUAAGUCUCCACACAGUCGUUCUGUUAUGGAUAUCAGCUGUACACAAGUUAAAUCUGUAAGGGAGUAGUGAGUCUUUCCAUGAAGAUAUCCAUGUCCAGUUCUGCUACUGAAUGUUUGUGAUGCUAUUCGUGACUCUGAGAAAGACUAGCUAGAUUCACCCAUGAAACUAAAUGUUUGAGAACUCAAUUAAUUUCACUUGAUUUAAUACGUACAGGUGUGCAUUUGGCAAUAAUGCAACUUUUGAAAUGUAGUUAACUAUACUGAAAGAAUAUGAACGCAACAGGUAAAUAUUUUCCAGAGUUAGUUCAAUAAAGGAAAAGGGUCAAUCGAAAUUAAUUAGGCUGUAAUCUAUGGAUGCUACGACUGGGAAUACAGAUACCUUAAAAGGUAGGGCCAGGAUCAGAACCAGUCAGUAUCUGGUGUGACCGUUUGCCUCAUGCAGCGCGACACUUCUCCUUCGCAUAGAGUUGAUCAGGCUGAGUGUGGCCUGUGGAAUGUUUUCCCACUCAAAGUUGCUGGUUGUUGGCGGGAACUGGAACGUGCAGUUGUACACAUCCCGAACAUGGGAAAUGGGUGAUGUCUGAGUAUACAGGCCAUGAAAGAACUGGGACGUUUUCAGCUUCCAGGAAUUGUGUACAGAUCCUUACAACAUUGGGCCAUAGCAGAGGGAAUUCUGGGUGCAGCACCGCCUUAAAAAAACCUGGAGAGAAAAUACAAAUACAUAUUUUUUGGGAUAAAUAUUUUUCCCACAAGAAGUGCGCUGGGCCUUUACUAGUCUUGUAUUAGCAGACCAAUAUAGCCUUCUGUGGGGGGGGAGAUUACAGCGCAGCAAUAUAUCGGUUUAUUGCGUAAAUCAUGCAUGCAUUGGAUUGCAAUGCUGGUGUGGUAAAAUAAUCUGGUCCAAUUUUAAUGAGUUACAGUGUUGGCGAAUACUCAAUGGAAAAUAGAGGAACGAAGUCUCCAUGGGCCGUUAUUACCCUGUAAUUGGAUGGUUGCAUUUUGGCUUCCAGGUGGAUGAACACAUGCAGCAGACCGACCCAGAUCUGACUUGCAGUGGUUUACUGCUGUUUCUUUUAGAUGAGGGAGCGCAAAUAAAAUAUUUAUGUCAUUUCUUCAAUCAAGGUCUGUACCGACAGGCUCUCAACCCUGUUCCUGGAGCACUACUGUCCUGCAGGGUUUCACUCCAACCCUAGUUGUAACUAAUCCCACUAAUCUUAUACACAUAUAAUUAUUAGAAUCAGGUGUGCUAGAUUAGGGUUGGAAUGAGAACCUACAGGAUGGUAGCUCUCCAGGAACAGGGUUGGAAUGAGAACCUACAUUUUGAGGUUUUGUUUUGUUAUACCCUCAAACAGUUAGUUUGACAUACCCAUAGUCCAGCACUGUCAGUCAUGAAUUAUAAUCACAUUUGACCAGUGAAACUGCAUCUGCAUGCCAAACAUGCGAUUUUGAUCAGUUUCAUGAGAAUAGCCGAUGCAUUUCAAUCUUCCUUGAAUUAAUGUUUCGUGAGCAAAUUGGAGUAGAUGUUAACUAAUAGCCUUUUAUAUUUUGUUUCAGGCAAGGCGUACAGUGCAUUCGGGAAGUAUUCAGACCCAAUCACCGCCUUGUUCUAAAAUGGGUUAAUACAGAAACUUGUCCUCAAUCUAUGCACUAUGCCCCCUAAUGAAAAAGAUCAAAACAGGUUUAGAAAUUUUAGCAAAUCUUUUUAAAAUAACAUCAUAUUUACUUAACUAUUCAGACCCUUUAAUCAGUACUUUGUUGAAGUACCAUUGGCAGCGAUUACAGCCUUGAGUCUUCUUGCGUAUGACGCUACAAGCUUGGCACACCUGUAUUUGGGGGAGUUUCUCCCAUUCUUCUCUGCAGAUCCCCUCAAGGCCUUUAUUAGACAUAAUUACUCCUCUUCACCCACACUGGUUGUGUGGCCGGUUGGACGUACUGCCAUAUUAUGUAAAGCGCCGUUGGAGGCGGCUUAUGGUAGAGAAAUGAACAUUAAAUUCUCUUGGAACAUCUUUGGUGGACAUUCCUGCAGUAAACAUGCCAACUGCAUGCUCCUUCAGCUUGAGACGUCUGUGGCGUUUCAAAGUGGUAUCUUAUUAUCUUAUCUAUAUGUCAGGUGGAUGGAUUAUUUUGGCAAAGGAGGAAAUGCUCACUAACAGGGAUGUAAACAAAUGUGUGCAUACAAUGAGAGAAAUAAGCUUUGUGCGUAUUGAACAUUUGGGAUUUUUACUGUUAGAUCAUUAAACAUGGGACCAACACUUUACAUGUUGCGUUUAUAUUUUUGUUCAGUGUAGUUUUUGCAGUAUACAGAUGUACAUUUGGCCAUUUGAAAGCUACUUAAACACUAAUGUUCCUGUGUUUUUUUUAUUUUACAGGCUGUACUUGAAACCAUGUUUCAUAACUAAAGUAAUUUCACCACUACACGCACAGGUGGGGAAAGUAGGUAUUUGACACGUCUUGUGUUCAUUCUACAGGCUGCACUCGUAAGACCAGGAUCAUUGAUGUGGUGUACAACGCCUCCAACAAUGAGCUGGUGAGAACCAAGACCUUGGUGAAGAACUGCAUCGUCCUCGUGGACAGCCUGCCCUACAGGCAGUGGUACGAGGCCCACUUCGCCACUCCUCUGGGGCGCAAGAAAGGAGCCAAGCUGGUACGUAUGUUCUGGCCCGUGUAGCUCAGUUGGUAGAGCAUGGCGCUUGCAACGCCAGGGUUGUGGGUUCGUUUCCCACGGGGGGCCAGUUGGUAGAGCAUGGCGCUUGCAACGCCAGGGUUGUGGGUUUGUUUCCCACGGGGGGCCAGUUGGUAGAGCAUGGCACUUGCAACGCCAGGGUUGUGGGUUCGUUUCCCACGGGGGGCCAGGUGGUAGAGCAUGGCACUUGCAACGCCAGGGUUGAGGGUUCGUUUCCCACGGGGGGCCAGUUGGUAGAGCAUGGCACUUGCAACGCCAGGGUUGUGGGUUCGUUUCCCACGGGGGGCCAGUUGGUAGAUCAUGGCGCUUGCAACGCCAGGGUUGUGGGUUCGUUUCCCACGGGGGGCCAGUUGGUAGAGCAUGGCGCUUGCAACGCCAGGGUUGAGGGUUCGUUUCCCACGGGGGGCCAGUUGGUAGAGCAUGGCGCUUGCAACGCCAGGGUUGUGGGUUCGUUUCCCAUGGUGGGCCAGGUGGUAGAGCAUGGCGCUUGCAACGCCAGAGUUGUGGGUUCGUUUCCCACGGUGGGCCAGGUGGUAGAGCAUGGCGCUUGCAACGCCAGGGUUGUGGGUUCGUUUCCCACGGGGGGCCAGUAUGAAAAUGUAUGCACUCACUUAACUGUAAGUUGCUCGGGAUAAGAGCAUCUGCUAAAAUGACUAAAGUGUACUAAAAGUCUCAAAUGGUGUGCACUAGUUUUGGUACAUACUAUACUGAAAAAAAUAUAUAAAUGCAACAUGUAAAGUGUUGGUCCCAUGUUCAAUGAUCUAACAGUAAAAAAAAAAAAAAAAAUCCCGACCAUUUUCCAGACUCACUAAAACCUUAUUUAUCUCGUGUGCACAUUUGUUUACAUCCCUGUUGGUGAGCAUUCUUUUUUGCCAAGAUAAUCCAUCCACCUGACAGGUGUGGCAUAUCAAGAAGCUGAUUAAACAGCAUGAUCAUUACACAGGUGCACCUUGUGCUGGGGACAAUAAAGGCCACUUUAAAAUGUGCAGUUUUGUCACAACACAAUGCCACAGAUGUCUCAAGUUGAGGGAGCGUCCAAUUGGCAUGCUGACUGCAGGAAUGUCCACCUGAGCUGUUGACAGAGAAUUGAAUGUUAAUUUCUCUACCAUAAGCCACCUCCAUCAUUUUUUGGGUAUCUGUGACCAACGGAUGCAUAUCUGUAUUCUCAGUCAUGUGAAAUCCAUAGAUUAGGGCCUGAUGAAUUUAUUUCAAUUGACUGAUAUUAACUGACUUAAAUGUGCACUACCUUUGGCCGGAGCUUCUGCUGGUAUCUACUACAACCACUCAACAAUCUAAAUUAAAUAAUAAUAAUAUGCCAUUUAGCAGACGCUUUUAUCCAAAGCGACUUACAGUCAUGCGUGCAUACAUCUUUGUGUAUGGGUGGUCCCGGGGAUCGAACCCACUACCCUGUCGUUACAAGCGCCGUGCUCUACCAGCUGAGCUACAGAGGACCACAAUCUGUGUCCCAAAUUGCUCCCUAAUGUAGAGCACUACAUUUUAGUCAUUUAGCAGACACUCUUUAUCACGCUACUUGUGACUUAGUCAACAACCGACGGCUAAGUCCCAAAGCUGCUACUCUGUUCCCUUCACUUUCUGUGUGAAACAUUGUAGUCAAUAUGUAGAUUUUUAGAAUCUCUGGUCUUUCUAUGAAGAUACCUUUGUCCAGUUCUGCUACUGAAUGACUGUGAUUGAUAUUAGUGACUCUGAGAACGACCUUGGGUUUUAUUACCAGACAACUGAGUGACACUAAAUGUACUGGAGAAUGGGACAUUUUUUUGAUUUUGUAGCUAAAUUACGUGUUAUCAGCAGGCCAGGGGUUAACCAUCGUUAGUUGAUCAGUUCAUUCACACAGCAGGUAUAAACAGUGCAGUGAAAUGUUUUCUUGCAGACUCAACAGUGCAAUACAAAAAAAUGUAUUUGAAAUUGUGCCAUUGGUGCCCAUCAUUAAUCGCCUAAUGUCUUUAUUCCCUGUGUUAGACUCCCGAGGAGGAGGAGGUGAUUAACAAGAAGAGGUCGAAGAAGAUCCAGAAGAAGUUUGACGAGCGCAAGAAGAACUGCAAGAUCAGCUCUCUCCUUGAGGAACAGUUCAUGCAGGGGAAGCUCCUCGGUGAGUCUACAAGCUCUGCUGUGUUUAGUCCCAGAGUAGGAUCAGGGACGACUUGGAUCUCUUCUGAAAGGCUUGAUACACGCUCCAGGUUACUACAGUGUUCUUCCAUCCAUAUCCUGGGACUCAGACUUGUUUCCAGACAUGCACCAACACGUGAGGGAUCUAAUCAUGAUUUUCAGUGUGGGUCAGAACUGGCUGAUUUUUUUAGGGUGUUGGUGCAUGGCUGGAACAAAAGCCUGCACUCCCUGUAGCUUUUGGGAUUGGUGUUGGGUCCUCACAGGAUGUGUGCAGGCUCUCGUUCCUCCCCGGCGCUAACACCUAAUUGACCGAACUUCAUAAGUUGAAUUGGGUGGUGCUGGGCUGUAACAAACCCUGUGGGUCUUCAGGGCCAGCUGUGAGGAACACGGCGUUACAAGGUUGUGGUCCAGUUAUUCAUGAGGAAAUCUUAUCCAGUUCUGCUACUGAAUCCUCAGGCGACGAUACCCCCUUAACCAAUUUUCUGAUGAGACUUCUGUUAACUGCUAGUUGGUGCUCUUGUCUGACUUAGUAAUAAUUGUUCUUCCUCCUGUAUUUCCCUCCCUUCCUUCCUCUUUCUCACCUCUCACACGCUUUCUCUCCCUCUUUCUCUCCUCCCACUCUGUAUCACUCCCCUCCCUCCUCUCCUCUCUCUCUCCCUUCCUGCAGCCUGCAUUGCCUCCAAGCCGGGCCAGUGUGGCAGGGUGGAUGGUUACGUGUUGGAGGGCAAGGAGCUGGAGUUCUACCUAAGGAAGAUCAAGGCCAAGAAGGGCAAA